AUUAAUUUUCGUCAAUCCCAGUUACAGCUUUUCGUUCUCGAAAAAAAUCAAAUAAAAGUUUCCGAAAAAUUUGCAUAAUGAGAAAAAUUAAAAACCUGCUGAUUUUCCUUCUCGUCACUCAAACCACGAUCAAUUUAGUGACGUCGUCCUGCUCCGUGUACAGUGUGUCGAAUAUUGUCGACGAGCAGCCUGACGAAGACACCAAUUCAAAUAACACGAACGAGACACGUAUCGUAUUUUAUGCAGAAAUCGAAGAAAGCCUCAAGAAAGGAACGGGCGUCUGGAAUUUUAAAGAUUGCAAACAAAAAGACCUCCUCGACCUGUAUUAUGAUGAAAUCGCAGAUUUGCAAAAGAAACGAUAUCCUGUCACGAUAACGACUAGCUCUGAUCCAAAAUUCAACCAAAAGCAAAUCUACACCAAAGGCGGGCUCGGUUUAGUCUCCCGCUUCACCGUCAUUCCCGCCGUGAUCAUGUACCCGAAGCCGUCCGAAGAUGAGGAGGCCUUGGUCGCCAGGAUCCUCGACUUGCGACAGCGCGUCAUCUCCAAAGCGAUCAAUCCCCAGCAAACCUUCAUCCACUUGGAAAUGACGCCGUCAAAUUUCUCCUCGUUUUCUCGCCGUUUAGAAGACAAAUUUCGUAAUGAUGAGACCAGAGUUCACUUUCUUAAUGCGACCGAUAUCUUUCAAAUGAUUUACCAGCCGAGAGGAGAGGUCAAGGAGAUUACUGGUAGAAAAUAAUGACACGAUUUAAGCCGUACUUAUUUACUGACUAAGGUUUGUAGUAAAAUUCGUAUUUUCUUUAAACUUAAAAAAAAUUGGUCAUAUUUCUAAGAAAAAUUAUCCUAUGUACAAAUUUUCGCAAAUUUGCUCAGGUCAGGGGAGUGUAUUUGGUGGGUGAAAGUUUGUAAAACAAUUUUACAAAAUUUGCGUAUUUUGCAAAUUCCCAAUGACUGCGUGAAUUGAUUUAAUGCUAAAUAAAGUAAAAUUUUGUGUAAU